AUGGAAAAACACAACCAGCUGUGGCUACUUGAGCUUACCAAAAAUGUCAAGCGGGCGUACGUUAAAGAUGCGGUUCUGGAAUCUAACAGAACUGAGGGCAAGUUGAGAAUCCUUCAAAUGAUCAAGGUGGUCAAUACCCAUAGUCAAACUGGAGACAUUUACUGUCUUAUGUCCGAUGCCCAAAACAAAAUAUUUGUACGGUUUUCCUCGGGGAAAGCCAUGACACGCUACGUGAAACAGUACCAGGUUCCAUUUAUCUACUCUAGCACCCACAUGUUGGUACUUAUCACAAGGGCUCAUCUUCGACAAUACAGCUACGCUAAAUUGAUGAAGGUAUUAUUAUUCGAAUGCAACGAACCACAGAAACGCUUCAUUAACGAUACAGCGACCCUCUUUGAUAAGUCGUUGAAUUAUGUGGUGAUGGAAGUGGAAGACUUCCAAAUAUACUCGCGGCUCGGUACUCUGCCUCUGAACCCUUUCCGUACCUUCAUCUACCUGCACCCGAGCUAUAAGGGAAAACUUGACUUCACCGAAGCAAUGAAACUAGUCAAGGAUGACGAAGGAGAUCUACUAGAGGAGGGCGAAGCCUCUACGUACCAUACCAUCGCCUACCCAACAACAAUAAAAAAUUAG